AGAGAGUCGGUUGUGCAGCUAUCCACCAUCCAGUCAUCCAGCCAUUCAGUCAUCCAACCCAGGCAAGCCGUGCGUGCGUGUGAGUGCGGUGUGGAAGUGGAAUGAGCAGAGCAGAGCGGAGAGUUUCAGUGAGGAAAGAUGGCCGUCAAAUAAGCACAUUUUCUUUGUUACAAAUGGUGUGUUUGUAAAUUAAAAUCGCAGCGGUCGCUGUCCGGAUUGCCGGGCGAUACUGGGUAGGUCCGGAUCAGAGGGUUCCCAUCGGUGGAUGUGCUGCGGCGUGAGCGGAAGCGUGAUAAACAGCAGCCCGUGUUUUCGGUAGUUUUCAAGUGUCUUUGCCCCCUUAUAACUACUACUAUCCGCUCUACUGGUUGGUCGUUCAACCUAAUGAAAUCUCGGAAAUGCGCUUGACUAACACCAGAGAUGUCUAGUGCCACAGCGAACCCCAUCAAAAUGCCCCUGUCUCGUAGCACGUUACUAGAACUUCCACCACCAGCACACUCCUACAAUCAAGAUGGGGUCCUGCAACCAAUGAAAUCAAACAUGAAGGAAUACAGCCCUCCAGCCACAUCGGCUGCUUCCUCCAUGUUGCCCGAGCUACCUAUUGCCUGGGUUAGAACCAAGGCUCCAACACCCACAUCCAACUCAAGUACCCCCCAGCAGCAGCAGCAACAACAACAGCAACAGCAGCUACUCACCAGGAAAACAAUGGUGGCUACACCCGAGCAAGUGCUCAAAAUCUACAGACACAAGCUCACCCCCUAUGAGCACCGGGAGAUAUUCCACUACAAUCAGAUUUAUUUCAUCGGGGCCAAUGCUAAAAAACGCCCUGGCAUCAUAGGGGAACCAUACAACUGUGAUUAUGAUAAUGGUCAAGGAUCAUAUAUACAUAUACCUCACGAUCACGUGGCAUAUCGGUACGAAGUGCUGAAAGUCAUAGGCAAGGGUUCAUUCGGGCAGGUUGUGAAAGCCUAUGACCAUAAGAACCAUAUACACGUGGCGCUGAAGAUGGUGCGGAACGAGAAGAGGUUCCACAGACAGGCCCAGGAGGAGGUGCGCAUAUUGGAACAUCUGCGGAAGAAGGACAAAGAUAACAACAUGAACAUAAUCCACAUGCUGGACUCGUUUACGUUUAGGAACCACAUGUGCAUUACUUUCGAGCUCUUGUAUAUCAAUUUGUAUGAGCUUAUCAAGAAGAAUAAGUUCCAAGGAUUCAGUAUCCAAUUGGUGCGCAAGUUCUGUCAUUCGCUGUUGCAGUGCCUGGACGCGUUGUACAAGAAUAAGAUCAUCCACUGCGAUAUGAAGCCGGAGAACGUUUUGCUGAAGCAGCAAGGACGCAGCGGGCUCAAGGUGAUAGAUUUUGGAUCGUCGUGUUACGAGGAUCAGAGGGUGUACACGUACAUCCAAUCUAGGUUCUACAGGGCGCCGGAGGUGAUACUGGGUGCUAGAUAUGGCAUGCCAAUUGAUAUGUGGUCACUGGGAUGCAUCUUGGCCGAAUUAUUGACAGGGUUCCCGCUGUUACCGGGAGAAGAUGAGGCCGAUCAACUGGCAUGCAUCAUGGAAUUGCUGGGUAUGCCGCCCCAGCGAUUGCUCAGACAAUCCAAACGGGCCAAGAAUUUCAUCAGUUCGAAGGGAUAUCCUAGGUACUGUACGGCUCAAACGUUGGCGGAUGGAACCACGGUGUUGUCUGGAGGAUUGAGUCGUCGAGGAAAGCCACGAGGACCACCCGGAUCUAAGGAGCUGAAGCGAGCGCUGAAAGGAUGCGACGACCCCUUGUUCAUAGAUUUCAUCAGGAGGUGUUUGGAAUGGGACCCCGACCAUCGCAUGACCCCGCACGCAGCUUUGAGGCACACCUGGCUCAGGAGAAGACUGCCUCGGCCUCCUGACGAAGAGACCAAGCAGCAACAACAAUGUAGUAGUAUUAGAACUCCAAUCAGUUCUACCGUUCGGGUUCAGUUAAGUGAUGAAAGAUCUGCGACAUUACAUUCACAACAUAGUAAUCACUCAGGCAAGUUGCCACCAAUUUCAUAGCCAUGUGUCCCUAUACAUUGUGAUUACUUUAGAUUAGUUUUUUAGUUAGUUCCAAUGACUGGGGUAUUCCACUCGAAUUGCAGAAAAUAUAAUUAUCAUCAAAAAUAAUUCAUUAACUAUCACGCAAUACAAUUAUAUAAUUACGUUUUUAUUUUAAUUAAUUUUUAAUUUUUGUAAAUCCAAUGUUACUUUGCGUAUUUGUUCACUAGGCAUUUUCUCGAGUUCAUUUUGCCUAAGCUCUCGGUAAAUCCCUGAGCCCUUGUGAUUGUGAUUCUAAACUAUUCGACUCUUCUUUCAUAACAACCAAAUCAAACGAAGCGUUUAUAAUCGAUUACUACUUACAAUUAUAGUUUUUUUUUAUUAAUUUUCAUUAAUUAUUUACGAUUAUUUUUUAAAGCAAAAAUAAUUCAUAUUAUUUUGAAACUAUAUUAAUUUGUUCGUGCUUCAUGAUCUCAGUGAUUCAAGCGUGCGGGAGGGAUAAAAUGAGUAAAUCUAAUCCUUAACUUCAGUAUUUUCUAUUCGCUCGAUGAAUCUGUUGAUUUUCGCAAGAGGGGGAAACACUUUAGUGUAUUAAUUAUUAUUAAUUAUCAUUUUACCCGAUUUAUUUUUGUUUGUUU